AUGUUCAAGAUGCGGAUGGUGGUGGCCCUGCUCACAACGCUGCUCCUCGACGUCGCCAAAGGAGACUGCGGCAACGGUGUCGCUGGUAUCGUGAGCGGUGGCUCAUGUUGUGCUGAGUCCUGCGGCACUUGCGGAGGAGUUGGGUGCGGCGGUCGUGAGGGCGGAGCAAUGUCGUGUUGCACGUCAGCCAUCGAGGGCGCAGGCGUCUUGUGCGAUACCACGUCCGCGGGUCCGUGCCGGAUCUCGACUGCCGUUCAGAGACCGACACAUGACACACAUCAGGCGGGGGCCUGGGCGCUGCAACUGACGCAUACCAGACGCUAA